CAAAAGGAAAAAGGGGGGAACCGGGGAAACGGGAGGGUGGGAGGAGACAGAGGGAGAGAAACCUAUGCACAGCAGCUAUGCUAAUCAGGUUCAUCAUCUCCCUUGUACGCUAAAAUCCACAACCCAGGAAAGAGGUGGAACUUACAGAUGAGAAAAUCAGAGAAAAAAUAAUAUUGACGAUAAAUAGAAACUUUGAAAAAAAAUUUCAGAAAUAACCUAUAUAGCAGUGAACCCUAUCUGUGAAGACUAAAGAAUUGCAACGAUAAUGAUGGACGAAAUGUACGGACUACAUCCGACGGUCGAAUACUCAGAGCAGGCUUCAUUGUCGCCGGGUAAUCUUUUCUCCCCGAUGGAUUGUCAGAGCUUUCUUUCCGCGGGAGUUUUUCGCGAUCGGGUUCCCAUCUUCGCACCGGAUCAGUUGUUUUCCGCCGCUCCCGCUUUAUCCGAGGAUGCUUCGGUCACGCCAGAAAUUCAACGGAGGGUAGGGGAUGAUGGUAUUACUGCUGCUCGUGGUGUGCUAGAAGAUGAGUUGUAUGAGAUUAAAGUGAAAAUUGCUUCUCAUCCUUGUUAUCCAAGACUACUUGAAGCUUACAUCGAUUGCCAGAAGGUCGGAGCGCCCGAGGACAUAGCACUUCUUUUGGAUGAAGUCCAGCGAGAAUACUUCGUCUGUAAAAGAAACGCAGUUUCUUCUUGUUUAGGCGCCGAUCCCGAACUCGAUCAAUUUAUGGAAACUUACUGCGAUAUGCUGGUCAAGUAUAAAACGGAUCUCUCAAGGCCAUUCGAUGAAGCAACCACGUUCUUGACCGAGAUACAAAUGCAGCUCAGGAAUCUAUGCAAAGGUCCUUCCAGAAGUUCCGUUUCGGAUGAAGCUGCUGGAUCAUCUGAGGAUGAUUUUAGUGGAGGAGAGAUUGAUGCCCAAGAGGUUCAACCAAGAGAUGAAGAACGAGAGCUUAAGGACAGGCUCUUACGUAAAUAUAGUGGAUAUAUUAGUAGUCUGAAGCAUGAAUUUUCUAAGAAAAAAAAGAAGGGAAAGCUACCGAAGGAAGCAAGGCAAACACUACUUGACUGGUGGAAUAUUCACUACAAAUGGCCAUAUCCAACGGAAGCUGAUAAGUUAGCGCUAGCUGAAUUGACGGGCCUUGACCAGAAACAAAUAAACAAUUGGUUUAUAAACCAGCGGAAGCGUCACUGGAAGCCAUCAGAGAGCAUGCAGUUUGAUGUUAUGGAGAGUUUUUCUGGACCCUUCUUCAUGGGCGAUUGAGGUGGACUAAUUUUUAUAGCAGCAGAUGCAUUAUCCUUGAGGGUAACCGUAGCUCAUACCAAACCCAAUGCCUUCAUGGUUGUUUUAUCUCUUCCUACUUUUUCCUUGAUUAUUAUAAGUUUGGUUGGGCUGGUUGCCAGAAGACUUGGUGUAAUUCUUUAGAUAAAACAUCUUUUGCACUUUUCACAAAACUAUAAUCCAGGAUCUAGCUGUUUGUGGAUUUGAAGGUUCAGUCUGCCAUGUUGAGCAACUUAAGAGUGGCUUCCAUAACCGAUGCUGUAUGCCUUCCUGGUGAGUCUAAAUGCGGUCAUUUAGGUUUAGCAAGCUGUCCCUGGUUAUGAGAAAAGGAAAACUGAAUGAUAGCUCAUUCUGCAUGGAAAUUUCUCCCUCAUACUUGUAAUGUGAAUAUUCUUGUUGUACAUGGAAAAUUUUCAAUUUUUUUUUUCUACAUAGUUUUGUACUUUGGUUGUUAACUUAUUCAUACUGUCAUUUCUGGUGGUUGGAGACAUUAUUUUCCAUUACAUUGACCCUUGUAUUUGUUUUGUU